GAAGCAGGGGUCCGAGCUCGCACGCGCCAGCCCCAGGUGACAGCCGCGCGCCAGGCCAGAUAGGCUGGUCGCAGACCUGAGCAGAUCUGGGUAGAUAAAGCCCAAGAGACCAUCAGCUUUGCAUGCCUGGAGGCAGGCCAGCCAUCCAGAGCCAGGAACAGAGUCCAGUUCCACGAGAGAGAAGAGAAGAGGGCAUUUCUGUCCUCUGCUUACUCAGCUGCAUUUUGGGUGACUUUUGACCUUGGGACAGCACUGGUGUCUGAGCAGAGUGUGGGCAGGUCUGAUGGGGAUCUGACUGAUGAGAUGUGUCCCCAUCAAGGCGCUAGACGGUGACGUGUUUAGCGUGGGAUGAGCUGCUGCGUUGGCACCGAAGGGCUGGCCGAAAUGGGAGCCUGGCUGAACCCUAGGACGGUGGUGGUUGCAAGACGGAGAAGCCACGGCAGGGCCGAACCUAAGCAGCUGUGGAGUAUGUGAGUGGCCCCUGGAGUCCUACCUGCCCUGUCCAUCAUGAUCCAGCGGCUGUGGUCCAGCCGCCUGCUACGGCAUCGGAAGGCCCAGCUCCUGCUUGUCAACCUGCUGACCUUUGGCCUGGAGGUGUGCCUGGCUGCUGGCAUUACCUACGUGCCGCCCCUUCUGCUGGAAGGAGGGGUAGAAGAGAAGUUUAUGACCAUGGUGUUGGGCAUUGGUCCAGUGCUGGGCCUGGUGUCUGUUCCACUCCUAGGCUCAGCCAGUGACCAGUGGCGUGGGCGCUAUGGCCGCCGGAGGCCCUUCAUCUGGGCUCUGUCCCUGGGUGUCCUGCUAAGCCUCUUUCUCAUCCCGAGGGCUGGCUGGCUGGCAGGGCUGUUGUGCCCAGACACCAGGCCCCUGGAGUUGGCCCUGCUGAUCUUGGGAGUGGGGCUGCUAGACUUUUGUGGCCAGGUGUGCUUCACGCCACUAGAGGCCUUACUCUCCGACCUCUUCCGGGACCCGGACCACUGCCGCCAAGCCUUCUCUGUCUAUGCCUUCAUGAUCAGCCUUGGGGGCUGCCUGGGCUACCUCUUGCCUGCCAUUGACUGGGACACCAGCGCCCUGGCCCCAUACCUGGGCACUCAGGAAGAAUGCCUCUUUGGUCUUCUCACACUCAUCUUUCUCACCUGCAUGGCAGCCACACUGUUUGUGGCCGAGGAAGCAGUACUGGGCCCACCUGAGCCGGCAGAAGGGUUGUCGGUGCCCUCCGUGUCACGCCGCUGCUGCCCGUGCCAUCUUGGCCUGGCUUUCCAGAAUCUGGGUACCCUGUUUCCCCGGCUGCAGCAGCUGUGCUGCCGCAUGCCUCGCACCCUACGCCGGCUCUUCGUGGCUGAGCUGUGCAGCUGGAUGGCACUCAUGACCUUCACACUGUUCUACACGGACUUUGUGGGAGAGGGGCUCUACCAAGGUAUACCCAGAGCCGAGCCAGGCACUGAGGCCCGGAGACACUAUGAUGAAGGCAUCCGAAUGGGCAGCCUGGGGCUCUUCCUGCAGUGCGCCAUCGCCCUCCUCUUCUCCCUGGUCAUGGACAGGCUGGUGCAGAAGUUCGGCACACGGUCAGUCUAUCUGGCCAGCGUGAUAGCCUUUCCUGUAGCCGCCGCCGCCACCUGCCUGUCCCACAGCAUCAUCGUAGUGACAGCCUCAGCUGCCCUCACUGGGUUCACCUUCUCGGCCUUGCAGAUCCUGCCUUACACGCUUGCCUCCCUCUACCAUCGCGAGAAGCAGGUGUUCCUGCCCAAAUACCGAGGGGACGCUGGAGGUGGUAGCGGCGAGGACAGCCAGACGACCAGCUUCUUGCCGGGUCCUAAGCCAGGAGUGCCCUUCCCCAAUGGACACGUGGGCCCUGGCAGCGGCGGGGGCAGCAACAUUCUGGUGCCUCCAGCUGCUCUCUGUGGGGCCUCUGCUUGCGACGUCUCCAUGCGAGUGGUAGUUGGUGAGCCUCCUGAGGCUAAGGUUGUUACUGGACGGGGCAUUUGCUUGGACCUAGCCAUCCUGGACAGUGCCUUCCUGCUGUCCCAGGUGGCUCCAUCCCUGUUCAUGGGUUCCAUUGUCCAGUUGAGCCACUCUGUCACUGCCUAUAUGGUAUCCGCUGCAGGCUUGGGUCUGGUCGCCAUUUACUUUGCCACACAGGUAGUGUUUGACAAGAAUGACUUGGCCAAAUACUCUGUGUAGAGUGCUGUAAGGCAUUGAAAUGGAGGGUCUGCCUUACAGGGUCUCAGCCCUAAGGGGGCUGCAGAGCUGGCUUUCCACCCCGGGUCUGCUGCUGCCUAAGCGGUGUAGCUCUCUGCUGCCACCUUGGGGCUGCUGUCUGAAGUUCUGCAGGGAUGCAAAUGCAGGUCUGUACAGGUUUUAGUAUACCAAGGCUUUAUUCCACUUCCUGGCUGAGUCACCAGAGGAAGGAUUUGGGGACCUGAACUAACUCCCCUCCAAGUCCUUUGUCCAGAGUCUCUGCCACUGUUGCUCUUGCACGGGAGUUUCUCCUGGAACCUCUCCUCCACAGGCUUCAACAAAGACAGAAGUUGGAAGGAGGGGAGCCCUAGCAGGCGAGAUGAAACCCCAGCAGUCCACAGCGCUGCCUUUCUGCUGAGUCCCCCCACCCCCACCCCUACCUGUUUCAGGAAAUGGCUCGGCUUGUUGGCUCUUGUGUUGCCAUCAUGGAGACAUGGGCCUUUAAAUAUUUAAUUUAUUUAUUUAACAAAUGAGAAGAAAAUUCAUUCCCAGCAUUUUUAACGUUGUGUCUAAGAGUUGAGUAGGGUCUGAUCACCCAAGAACUGGUUCCCCUAAAAUAGCUGGUCAGUGUGGUACAUAGUGCCAGAUUCCUCUUCUAGGGUGAUAGAGAACGGUCCCCAAAACUUCCCAGCCCAGUACCUUGAGCAAUGUAUUCAUUCUAAUUGAGAGCCAUGAGAUGUCCCUGCUAAAGGCAGGACAUUGAGGGAACAUGGAACGGGGCCCAAGGUCUCCACAGUAUACCAAAUCCCAAUCUUCUCCGGACCCAGCUUGGCUUCCUGACUCCCCACUACCCCCUAUGGGACUGGACCCAUGAAGAGAUUGCCCUUCCAGCGCUAUCCACUGGCCACGUGACCUCUAUAGGGGUCUUUUUGAGCCCCUAAGCACAAGUGUGGUUCCUUAGGCCCAUCUCAGCCUCUGGGACGUAUCUGUCACAGCCUGGGGAAAUCUCACACAAACUCAGGAGUACUCCCUGACAGAGCCGAGGAGCUCUUGUCUAGGGCAUUUCAGUGCUGAUUGCAAUAAUGUUAUGUUUUAUUUAUUUAGCAGAGUAAAUAUUUUAUACUGUACAUGAUAAAUCAGAGCAUAAUGUUUAUGGUGAUGAAAUUAAAAGCUUAUAUGUU